CUUUUUUUUAUUGUAUUUCAUAUACACUGUCAUUUUGAACUAGGUUUUUACUUCUUAAAGACAUAAGCGAGUAUCCUCUCUCAACUCAAAAACGCUAACUAAUCUUUGAUGUGUUUCAACUAUCCAAAACCAUAUACAGUUGCUGCCCUUGCACAAUGGACGCGCACUCAACAGCCGUCGCCAUCAUAGAUAUGGAACUGGAUUUCGAUGAGGAUGAGCACGGUCACAGAAGCGCUGCUUCGGAAGAAGUGGGUCAGGGCGAGGAUGUGCGGGCGCUGGUGCGGCGUCUGCAGGCGAGUCACGUGUGGAUCCGGCAGCAGGUGGCGCACCUCCAGCGCCGCCUGGUGACCCUCCAGUUGGACAGGCAGAGACGCUUUUACGAGGGCAGGGAGCGGCUGCAGCGGCUCCUGCGGAACUUGCAGGGGAGAUACGGACGCGACUGGGGCCUGUAGGCGAAGUUCGCAAGUUGGAGCUUCGAAUUCGGGUGCCACCGCUUCGAGGCAUGAGUGGAUGUGACGAACGGUCCCAAACUGAAUGCUUUCACAAUUUUAGCAUGUGGGGAGAAGUUAAAUACACAAAGCUGAUGAAUUGAAAUUUUCAUGACGCUCUGAAGCUCGGUUGAGUUAUCCUGGCACAGCCUGACUUGCGCUGAAUAAUUUAUCGAUGAAUACUUGCAGGAUGUAAUUGAAUUUUUAAAAUGUGGCAUUAAGAGAUUCAAAUUUCGGCAUUCCCUUUCAACGCAAAAAAAUGCAAGUACUUUUCUCAUGUCAAGGAAGAUUGCUGCUCAAGAGCGUUGCCACUAAAAAUCUUAAUACGACUAUUUUUUUGUAAUUUGUAUUAAGUUUCCAAACAACGGAGUCUUGUUAUACUGAAGAACUGCAGUCGAAGAAAUCCCUUAUAAAUAUCAGUACUUUAAUGACAAUCUCAGUCAAACCUCCUUGGACGGAUUAGUGGUCAUAAUUGUUGAACAGACUUGUGUAAACCAAAUGCCCACUAGACAUGCAGUGAAUGCCUAAGUGCGUCCAUAAGUCAUGCUAUUAAUUAACACCACACAGCGCACAUCCUACGUCUUGGACCUCUGACCCGCUCCCAAGUAAACCAAAGACCCUUGGUCAGCCCAGUUCGCCGUUCUGCGUAACUCAAUUAAUCAGACACCAGUGGAGGUCGAGUACGUCACUUAACUCGAGAUUAACCCUUGACUGGCCCUGUCCUCAUUCCUCCCAUCCAAUCGGUGAGCUGCGCCUGGGAUGAGCGUGCUUCGGGGCCUGUCAUCAGCCACUUACACGGGCUCAUUGCUGUUUAGCAACUAUUUAUGCAGACAAGUAGGUGCAGUUGCCACCUACAACCUUCCAACUGCACAGUGAAAAACCUGGCUCUCUAACUGCUCACAAAAAAAUAGUUCAAUCUACCGGCAUGGAAGUAAGGUUACUUACCAAAAAGGCUAGGAACCAUAACAAAUAAUGACGCGUUUUCUUGUUUUGCUUCCCAUUUAUAAGUAAAAAUUGUUAUUGGUCAAAUUGGCCGUUCCAUUUAA